GCAGUUCAGCAGCGCAGGGCAGAUGCCAGCUCGGAAGUUGAAGUGCAUGCAGCGCUGGACAGGAAUCGUGAGGAGAGCGCCUCUGGGCUUGCGAAUGCUUGGGCGCCGCUCCGCAGUACAUCCAGCAGCUCCCUCACUGUUCAAUCGCACCACGUGCCCGUCGUGUAUUGGCGGCCCCCAACGUCAUUGGCAAUCGACGCCGCAGAGCAGGCAUUCUUGAGAGUAAACAUGAAGGAAUCUGAGAAGAAGUGGGCUGACGACCACAUUGUGAUCGAGCACGACAGCUGCAGGCCCCUGGGCAACGUGCCUGUCGUGCGGCGGCGGUGCCAUGAAGCUGGGCAGUGCGUCUGCAGCGAGCCUCGGUCGCGUCUUGACGAUCUGGAAGGCCGCCUGCGGAGAGCUUUGUCCCAUGCUGGGUCGAUACUUGCCGACGCCCAGAAGGCGUGGCGGAAUACCAUUGACAGGGGGAAGGUUGUCUUGGGCAUCCAGUGCUAUCCCCGCGCUGGCGCGGGGUCUGGAGCUGUUCUUGUCGAUGGCGAUGGUGCCCCGAACGAUGCUGACAUGCUGUUCUUCCACCUGUCGUGCAUCUGCCACGGCGGGGCCAUGCCGUGGGCUGCUGGGUUUGUCAAGCUGGACCGCGAUCCCAGCGGCGACAGACCAGGCGACGAACCGCCGUGUCUGGGAGUGACGCCUUCCCUCGACAGCCCGCCUGGGCAGCUCGGCGAGCCUUGCACGCUUAACGUUUGGGGCAUGCUCGAGUCACUGGACUACGGGGCGGCCCAUGUCGAUGUCACGUUCCACCAUUUCGUGUCCUCCCCCGUGGGCGUUUUGAACGUCGACCCGCGCCGCCAGCGCAUUGCCAAGUACCAGGUCGACCCAGUGGAUCUCUGGAACUUGCCCGCCGCGCCCAAGCUUCGCAGGAAGCCUCGGCAGCUAGGCGGUCGCCGUCGGGGGCCCUGCGCCAAGCGACCCCGCGGGGAUGCCCCGCUGGCGGCCGAGGACGCGGAGGGCGACGAUGAGGCAGGCGGCGGCACCAGCGGUGAUGAUGACGAUCGCAUCUUCGAUGAGGAGGGCGCCGAGCUCGAGAGCAUCUCCUCGAACCCGCCGCUCGAGGAUGCCGACGGCGGAAUCUCGACCGACGAGUGGGCCAUGUUCGGUUGGACCGAUGAGAGCUCUGACUCCGACGACCAGGCGGCGCCACUUGAUGGCAGCCGCGAUGCGGGCGGCGGUCCUGGCGGCGCAGCCGAUGGUCCCAGCGACAGCGGCGGGGGCGCUCCGCCGAUUGCCGAGCCCGGCCUGCCUGAUGAGGUCCAGGAGUCCAUGGUCGAUGAUGCCCCCCCAGAGCCCCCGCCGCCGCGGCUGCCUCAUGAAGGUCCUCGCGGACACGCCGUUGAGUUGCGAGUCCCUGGCGGCGUGCUGAAGAUGUAUGGCGAUCGCUUCGUCGCGGAGUGCAGGGGCUGGGGGCACCCAGGUUGCAGCCUCCAGAGGACGUGGAGGGGCUCCGAGAGGCCGAGCAGGGCUGGGCAAGGCCGCCCCCUUGGCCUUCUGCGCGCGUGGUUGGCGCACGCUCGGCACAGCCCCGACAUGUCGGGGUGGGGCCACGUCCACCUCCUCAGGCCGUCCCUCGAGCAGCGCCAGGCCGCGCGGGCGGCACUGGAGGCGAUGCCAGAGGCCGCGCCUUUUUUGGCGAUGGAGCGGGCCCAGCGGCCUGGAGAGCCCGCAGAGCCGCCCGUUGCCCCGUGA